AUGUCGAUUAAUGCGACACCAACAUCAAGUCAUUGUAAAAAAACAUUAAAAUCAUCAUUAUCUCAACCAGAUAAUUAUCAAUAUUCAAGACAUUCAGUAAAAGAUUGUCAUAAUCAUUCAUUUUCAAAAAGUCGAACAAUGUCAAUUUCAGAAGAAACAUCUACUGAUUUACUUACAGAUUUAUCAUCAGUACCAUAUAAUGCAUAUAAACAAGUAAAUAAUAAAAAUAAUAGAAGAUUUAGUGAAUUAAAACCACCUUUAUUACAACAAACUCACGGAACGAAUACUGAACGACGUAAUUCAACUCCUCAAAUUAAUUUAAGUUUUUUAUUACCAUAUCCUUUUCGUUCGAAAAAACAUCAACAUAAAAAUACAAUAAAAGACGACACAAAUACAAGUGUUAAUACUUUUACCAACACUUAUUCACUACCGUACAACGAUAUGAUGACAAUGAAAUCUGAACAACCUUUUACAACAAAAUCAUUGAAUAUACCUACGAAUAAUUUACGAACAAAUUUAUCAAUAAGUAAUGAUCGUUUAUCAUCAUCUUUCUAUGAAGAUUCAACAUCAUCUAUGUCAUCUAUAUCAUCACAAUUUACAUUGGGUGUAAAUCAAUAUGAACCACGAUCAGCUGAAAAACUUACAAUAGAAUUACAAACACCCUUAUGUAUUGCAGAAGUUUAUCGUGAACAAUUUUUUGAAUAUUUUCAUACAAAUUAUUAUGGUGGAUUUGAACAAGAAGGUCCAUUUGUUGCAUCACUUCGAUGUUUUAAUAACAAAUCAAUUCUAUCAGAUAAUACAUUAUAUUCAAUGGAUACGAAUACAUAUUGUCAAGCUCGAGCUAUUAUUCGUAUUCCAAGUCGUAAUUAUGAUGUAUCUGUAAUGGUUGAUGGAACAAAUGAAGAUAAUAUUCUUCAAAUAUUAUUUAAUAAAGCACAUUUAUCAGCAAUACAUACAUGUAAAGCUGUUGGUGAUCCAAAAGCAAAUGAAAAAAUUUAUUCAUUUGAUAAAUUAAAUGAUGAAAGACAAAAUUGUAAAAUUGGUGUUAUUUAUCAAGGUGUAGAUCAAACAAAUGAAUAUGAUAUAUUCAGUAAUGAUGAUGUAUCAGAUGAUAUGUCAAAUUUUUUAAAUUUAUUAGCUGAUCGUGUACGUUUAAAAGGUUUUAAUAAAUAUCGUGGUGAUCUUGAUAUAAAAGAUGAUUUGCAUGGAGACUCUUCAUAUUAUACAAAAUAUAAAAAUCAUGAAAUAAUGUUUAAUAUAGCACCAAUGAUACCAUCAACAAAAGCAAAUGGACAAUGUAUUGAACGAAAAAGUCUCGUUGGAAAUGCAUUUGUUUGUAUUGUUUUUCAAGAACAAGAUGCAGAAUUUACACCAGAUUUUAUUUCGGGAAAAGUUACACAAAUCUAUAUUACAGUACAACCUUGUAUAAUUGAUGAAAAUCUUUAUUAUAAAAUUGGUGUUUGGCAUCGUAAUGAUUUUACAUCAAUAAUUGAUCCACCCGGUGGAAUAUAUCAAUGUGAUCAAUCAUUUCGUGAUUAUUUUCUUACAUUAUUACUUAAUUCAAUAAAUGCUGCUAUUGAAUCACCAAGUUUACGCUUUCGUGUAGCUGAACAAAGACAACGAAUAAAACAUGAAGAACUUAAAAAACUUUUACAAAAUUUAUCUAUUGGACAAACUUUAGAUACAAUAACAGAAAUUGAAAAUAAUAAUUCUCAUGGAACUCAACACUUUAAUUCACGAAGUGAUAGUUUUAUUAAUACAACAAAUGAUAAUACAAAUUCAAAUUCAAAUUCAAAUUCUGGUCGUACAUCACCUGUAUCAUCUACAAAAAAACGAGGUUUGUCAAAAAUAUUUGGUGUACUUACUGGUCGAUCAGGUUCUAUAUCAUCACCAUCACCAGCAUCUAUACCUUCAAAUCCAAUAAAUUCUAACACAUCACUUAUUAAUUCAACUUCAAAUGAAAUAAAUACAACACAAAAUCGAACACUUCCAACAGCAAGUAAAGAAUCUGAAAAACGUCGUUCAUCUAUGAAAUAUCGUCCAGCACCACCGCCACCACCGCUAAUUCAAUCUCAGUUAAUUAAUCCACCACCACAAGUUAUUAUAUCCACACCACCACAAGUUAUUAUAUCCACACAACCACCAGGUCCACCUGUGCUAUCACCAUAUUCUAUUGAUUCAAGUAAUGGAAAUUUAUCAUUACAAAGUCAUUUUUUAAAUCCAACUACAUUGGAAGAAAUUAUACGUAAUCGAUCAAAUUCAUCGCCAUUAGAGAGUAUUAAUACGACGACUAAAAUUCCUUUAACAAGUGUAUCAAAAAUAAAUGUAGAAAAUGAUAGUACAACAAAUAGUUCGAUAGAUGAAGAUUAUGAUGAAGAAUUAAUUGAAGAUGAUAAAAUUGAACAUCGUCAAACACUAACUGACCAUCCACUAAUAUUAUCAUCAAAUAUAAAUUCAUAA